AUGAGGAACAGUUUCUUGUAUGUAUAUUGGAUUUUACUUUUCCAUUUUAUUUUAUGUGAAUUUCCUCCGAUGUCUCAACUAACCACAACUCAAGUUACAGAUCUGUGUAAGAAGGGUGGUCGAGGUGAUCAGGUUUUAUACAGGCUAGGUAUAUGUUACUAUCGACCGCCGAACCAGUAUGGCUGGCAGGACGCAGUAAAAGUCUGUGAAACAAGGAAUACUCAUAUUGUACAUGUAGAAACUACAGAGAAACAGAAUUUCAUCAUGCAGAAUACAGGUGGUACAAACUUUCCUCGUGAAGUAUGGUUAGGAUUAAAAAGGACUCAAGAGAAGAAUUGGGCGUGGUUUUAUAAGGAUAAGCUGUACCCAGCCCUGAACCCACGGUGGUCCACAACCUCACCCCACUCACCGCGACCACAUGACGUGGCUCAGACGUUCCACAAAAGGACCUGGGGCAAGAUUAAUAAAGACCAGAGAUUGGAGGUGGUUUGUGAAGAUCCUUUCCCACCAGGUAAAACGCAGUGUGAGAUGGCAUCAACACAUCUCAUAUUUCUGGAGACCCUGGUCGAAGAGUCUUGGAUGGAGAAAGAACUGAAAAUCCAACAGAUUCAACAAAAAUAUUGGUUAGGAAUCGAAAAGAACGCAACAGACCAAUGGAACUGGAGUAACAAGAAGUUGAGUCAGCACGAAACAAAUCCACGAUUUAAGUCCAAGCCGUCUCCGCUAACCCAUGCAAUCUUUGACAGCUUGAGAUUCCAUCCAGAAUCCGAGUUGAAAUGGAAACAGUGGACUGAGGACAGGAGGGAGAACGUGAUUUGUGAAGAAAAUAUAUAUCCAAAGUUGAUAUCGGAGUUGCUGUGUUAUAGACGAGCUGGUGCCGUGACCGAUUUUAUAGCAAGUUAUUCGUUCUGGUUGGGCCUCCGACGAGAAGACGAUGGCAAUUGGUACUGGUUAGGCCAAGGUGGCAGCCAGACACUGAUGGAAAACGACAGAUGGGUUGCUGUGGAAAGCGAUGGAGCGGGUCAUGCUAUUACUGUUGAAGGUGGCGAAUGGAUUCAGGCGAGGAUGACAGACACAUUUCCUUUUAUUUGUGAAGAGGAAUACGACAAUGAAAUGGUGAUCCACUACAGAGUUUGUACCAAGUUCGUACAAGAUGCUAUACCAGUGUUUAACUAUGAGACGAGGUCCUGCUAUUAUUUGUUCGAUAACAUCACGGACUGGAAAACAGCAAGAGAAACAUGUUCUUUGUCUCAGACCUAUGUUGUUCAUCUGGAUACUGAUAAGGAGCAAUCCUGGCUUGUCUCCCUUGUCAAGGAUUUUGGAGUUCACGAUAAUGUUUGGAUCGGUAUAGAAUCGAGAGCAGCUGGUCAAUGGUCUUGGAGGUUCGCUAAGCAUGCAGAGGUGACACAGAACAAACGGUUCCCGGGCAGUGCCGAGGGUGGUGAAACCAAUGCCAGGAUGUUGUCUGAUGGAACGUGGGAAAGGGUUUCCCGAGAUUCGCUCAGUGGUUUGAUUUGCGAGGAGUCUAUUUCACCUUUGGGAAUCCAGGAAGCUGAGAGGAUGAACGUGGGGAGGAUUGUGUAUGUCCCUCAAAAUGUUCUGGAGGAUGAGGAGACCACCACCAGCUUGGAUACCACUACUCUGGACAGUACCACAGUGGAUACAUCGGCUGAAGACACACCUGGGGACCUUACUACAACUGAACCGGUUGCAAAUCCAGAACUCACACCUGAAGAUUUGACUAGCCCAGAACCCACACCCAAAGAUGUGGCUAAUCCCGAACCUUCAACAUCAACUUCUCCAUUUGAUCAACAUCCGUUCGUAUCUGCCUCUCCCACGGGUGACCCCGGAUUUACUCGCACUGUCUUUACAGAUGCUAUUUCAUCCACAGACACAGCAUCCAGAGAACUACUUAGGUCAUCGGAGAUCUCAACCUACGACCCCCAUACCAUAUCAAGCUCUUUGACUUUUACAUUAGAUCCAAUGCAGGCGAAAUCACCAAAUUUCGGUUCCAGUUCGACAGUUGAUCCCCUUGCGAUAACACCAACACCAUCAUCUGAGUAUCUGACCUCCACGCACCAAACAACCACUGGAGACUGGAGAGGAUUCUGUCCCAAUGCAGAUUCGUAUCCUGGUGGGUAUGUCAUAGAAACACCAUAUCGAAAGACUAUCGUGGGUAAUCAUGAGAAUGUUUCUAAGAUAGCGACUUUCUCAAGAUCAUCGAAUCUCCGAUGUGCAAAGCAAUGUUCAUCGAUCCCGGAUUGUUGGUUCUAUACCCGAGACAAGUUUAAAACGUGUACCUUGUACCAAGUCCUUUAUGGUGGCUUGGAUUCGUUUGAUUGUUCUGCAGAUGUUCCUUGUUAUUUCAAAGCAUGUAAGAUUUUAUAUGGUGGAUCAUAA